AUGCCUAGAAGAAAGUAUGUUCCUGUUGCUGCUCUCUUGUGGUACUGUGUACGUUACAACUACUACGUGAGGAACUCUGGCCUGUUUCCUGUAGCUGCUCACUUGGGACCCACGCAGGUUACCAGAAGAAAAAGACAAGCUGCCCAGAGAAUGAGCGGUACCGACAAGUCGAGCAUCGCCGUGGACUGGUCCAAGCUUCUCAGUAACUCCACCUUCACAAAAUGGGACAUGUUGAACUCUAGUGGAGCCGGCAGUUUCUACCAAACAAAAGACGAUGAGUAUGAGGCCACCAUGACGUACGCGUACAUCACCGCCAUAUUGAAUUCUUCCACCGUCGAGCCAGCGGGUCAUCAGAAAAAAGAUUUCAUCGCCUCCUGCAAGUUUGGCGGAUAUUAUUGUUCACCUAUGAACUUUACAUAUUUCCACAAUCACAAAUACGGCAACUGUUACACGUUUAAUUCUCGUCAUGUGGAAGGUACUCUGACGACUCGCUUCCCAGGACCGACAUACGGGCUGAUCUUAGAGCUGUUCAUUAACCAGCAAGAAUACAUUGCGAAUCUGGCCAGCGAGGCUGGAGCACGCAUCAUCAUCCACAAGAAGGGGACGAUUCCAUUCCCUGAAGACGAGGGCAUCUCGGUCAUACCGGGUCGCUCUAGCUCGAUUGGCAUAAAGCAGGUGUCAUACUCUCGAUUACCACCUCCCCAUGGUGUGUGCGGGUAUGAAGCGAAGACAACGGAUUACUAUGUGCACUAUCUGGGCACUUCUCACAGUAAACUCUCUUGUCUCAAGUCAUGCUACCAAGACAUCAUCAUGGAGUACUGCGCAUGUGCCGUGACCUUCUUUUACAUCAUUCCCAACGUGACCAUUUGCAACAUGACGGAUCCAAUAACCGAAAACUGUGUCAACAGCCUCCCAUCUAUCGCGUCAGAGCGAUACAAGCUAUGUGAUGAAAAAUGUCCUCAACCAUGCGAGGAAACUCGUUACGAAUUGUCGAUAUCACAAGCAGGCUGGCCUUCAACUAAGUACCAGGAUUUCCUCCGAGAAAAACUAGGUCAAACAAACGCGUUAUAUAUUCAGGCCGCCAACACCCAAGACGAAUUCACCAAGGUCCAGAUCUACUACCAAGAUCUCAUCUACCAGCACGUUGAGCAGCAGAAAGCCUACGAGAGUAUGAAUUUGAUAAGCGACUUGGGAGGACAGCUGGGUUUGUGGUUAGGCCUGUCCGCCAUCACUAUCGGCGAGUUUUGUAGUUUUCUGUUCUCCAUAGGACGGAGUCUACCUUCUAAGUGUUGUUCGGCAAAAACAUCUCCGGGUCCAGGUACUUCGGUAACUUCAAUUCAGCCUGUCAUUCUGGAGGACCUGUAUGACGACUUGAAGUCAGACGCUUGCCGUUAUAUUCAAUCAGACACGGCUUUCCCUCAAAGUUCGGAAUACUUCCCUUAAAACUGUAGUUCUAAGGGAAGAAGGAGGGUUUAUUGACUGAUUGCCUUCACGUUUUUCCUCUUCUGUCACCACAGAUGUCACAUAUUUAAAAACUCAAUUGACACU